GUCAAACGCAGCGAUGCAGCUAUCGUUUAUAAUCACAAAGCUCAGGAUACGAUUCCCAAUUUGAAUUCGCCAAACGAAAUGGGUCUUCUGGGAAUUCCCCUGAUCCUACUCUCGCCGCCGGCUCUCUGCCUCUGCGCAAUUCUUCUUGUGGGUUUGAUCGCAUUCCUGAACAAGACUUUGCGGAAGCCUCUUCUGCUUCAGCGACAGUUCAAUUCGGGAGGAAUCAGAGGCCCUCCUUACCAGUUCAUCUACGGCAACGCCCUUGAGAUUCGCCGGUUGACAACAGAGUCCAUGGCCAAGCCCAUGUCGAGUCUUUCCCACGACAUCUGUGGCAGGCUGGUGCCUCAUGUUUCCGCCUGGACGGAGAAAUACGGGAGGAAUUUCGUGUUCUGGCUUGGUCCUGAACCGACGCUGAUUGUAUUGGAGCCUGAGCUGGUGAAGUUGAUGCUGAAUGACAAGGAGCGAGUUUACUCCAAGGCGGAGCCUACUGAGUACUUGAGGAAGCUGCUAGGAGACGGCCUGGUGACAUCGAGAGGUGAGAAAUGGGCCAAGAUGAGGAAGUUGGCCAACCAUGCUUUCCAGGCAGAGAGCCUAAAGAAUAUGAUUCCAGCUAUGAUUGCUAGUACGGAAAUAAUGCUUGAAAGGUGGAAUAACCAUGAGGGAGAAGAGAUUGAGGUGUUUGGAGAAUUCAAGUUACUUACAUCAGAAGUGAUUUCCAGAACUGCUUUUGGGAGUAGCUACCUUCAAGGCAAACUCAUCUUUGAAAUGUUAACCGAAUUGGCCAUCCUUGUAGCUAAGAAUACUUUUAUUAUCAGGCUUCCUGUCCUAAGCAAGAUAUAUAGAACUAGAGAUGAGAUUGAGGCAGAGAAGCUUAAGCGAGGGGUACGCGACUUGAUCAUUGCGAUGGUCAGGAAGCGUGAAAACAUGGUGACAAGUGGAGAAUUGGAUAGCUAUGGAGGUGAUUUUUUGGGAUUGCUCUUGAAGGCUCAUCAUGAAGUCGACGAAUCUAAAAAGAUUUCAGUGGAUGAUUUAGUUGAUGAAUGCAAGACGUUUUAUAUUGGUGGACAAGAAACAACCAACAUGUUGCUAACAUGGGCAGUGUUACUUCUGUCGAUGCAUACAGAAUGGCAAGAGCAAGCAAGAAAAGAAGUUGUGACUCAUUUCGGGAGCCAAACUCCUGACCCAGAUGGCAUUUCGAAACUCAAGAAUAUGAGCAUGAUCAUAAAUGAGACGUUGAGACUCUAUCCUCCGGUGUUGGCUAUGAUGCGAAAGACAGACAAAGAAGUUCGACUUGGGAAUUUCACGAUACCUUCCAAUACCAAUAUAAGGGUCCCAAAUCUACCACUUCAUCAUGAUCCUGAAAUUUGGGGAGAAGACGUGCACCUUUUCAAGCCGGAGAGAUUUUCUGAAGGAAUUGCCAAAGCAACAAACAGCGUUCCGUCUGCUUACAUUCCUUUCGGGAUGGGUCCUCGAGUAUGCGCUGGGUUCAACUUUGCAGCUGUUGAAGCUAAGAUAGCUCUUUCCAUGAUUCUCCAACGCUAUUCUUUCACACUUUCGCCUGCUUACAUCCAUUCACCGACUAGUACUCUCACACUUCACCCACAACAUGGAGUGCAGAUUGUCCUCCAUGCUCUGUAGAAAUUCACUAGCACACUACAUAAAAUAUGCCAUACUGAAAUCACAUCCUGGAUAUAUCAAAGCUUGUUCUGAUUGAUCCGUUCUAGCAUGUGUCUUGCAUCAGAAGAAUUUGGAUAUGAAUGUUAGAUCUGUUGUGAAUCUUAUUCACAACCAGCCUCACAUUCAUGCACUUGAGUAUCUCAUACAGAAACAUAUGAAGUUAUUCUUAGCAGUAACCAACUUUAUAAAACCACUCAACCAAAGGCCAAUUGCAUUGUUUUGGUAAUUUGUGUGGCAAACAGAUGACCUCUGCCGUGUCAUUAUCUUUGUCUCCGGUAUUCAUAUGCUUCCGUUAGGAGCAAAUGACAAAGCCUAGUAAAAUAAUGGCUACCACCUGCAUCUGCAAUAAACCUGCAUUAUAGUUUGUUAACUAUUUUCCAGUUUUUUUAGUGUUCCUUAUAUUUUCCUUGUCAACUCUGCUUAAGAAGAUCCAAAUGAAUGACUUCAACUAAAUGGCGGCAAAGAUUUGUGAUAACUGUGUAACAGCCAUUUGAACCUUCAUUACAUGUAUAUAUCUUGCCCCGGGAUUGUUGCUGUGGUUGUUUGUUAACAAUCAUGGAAGUCCAACACUCAAAUGCUCUGCUUUUUUUUACAACAUACGAAAAAUGCCAUGGCCAAGGCUAAUGGUUUUGCGAGGUGGAAGCCUUGCUUUAGUAUAUAUCAACAUCUAGUUCUCCUCCUGCAAUGGACAGUGACUAUUUUUUUAGUCUUGGUCAUAGAAGAUGCCUUUUCAUUUGCCGGCCAUCUGUAUUAUAAAAGACCUUCUUUCUUUUUUCUGAAAACGGCAGGGACUCUUCCUGAGUAUUAUAUUGUUAUCAGUAGGUGGCAAAAUGACAGAAGCCUUUUAAUAUUAAUUGCUAACCACUUGCACUUAGGAAAAGCAGAACAGUUUUGGUUGAAUCAGGGAUAAAAGUCUGAAAGGGUUUCCGUGAACAGAUAACAAAGAGAGAGAGAGAUGGUUGAACUGGGGAUUUUGCUGACAUUCCUUUCAUGUCUGUGUUUAUACUUUUUGUUGAUCAUCAGCAGGUUUUUUACCAGAGUAUGGUGGACUCCGAUUCGGGUGCAGUCCAAGAUGAGGGCACAAGGAAUCAAAGGCCCUUCUUAUAGAUUCAUCCAUGGAAACACCAAGGAGAUAAACCUGAUGAGGAUUGAAGCUGCAAAGCAAACCAUGGAACUCUCCCACCAUAUCCUUCCAGGGCUGCAGCCUCAUAUCUACGCAUGGAUCAAGCUCUACGGGAAAAUCUAUCUGCAGUGGCAUGGCACCAGGCCUCAGCUAGUUGUCACUGAACUUGAGCUGAUUAAAGAAGUCCUCAAUAAUAAAGAUGGAACAUACGAGAAGACACCUUUUCAUAAUUUCAUCAGAGUUCUUCUAGGCGAUGGACUCGUCUUGUCUAGAGGUGACAAAUGGUUGAAGAUGCGGAAACUAGCAAACCAUGCCUUCCAUGGAGAAAGCUUGAAGGUUUGAUGAAGAAAACAAUUAGAGCACAGUGGGAACUAUCCCCUCAACUUGAUAGGGAUAAUUUUUUUGUUGAACAUUGGUCUUUCAGGGUAUGGUUCCUGCGAUGAUUGCUAGUGUGGAGAUGAUGCUAGAGAGGUGGAAGAGCUAUCCUGGAGGGAAGAAUAAGGAGAUUGAUGCAUUCCAGGAGUUCAAGAUUUUAACAUCAGAGAUCAUUUCCAGGACAGCUUUUGGAAGCAGCUACCUGGAAGGGGAGAAAGUGUUUGAACUGCUGACAAAGAUGGUUCUAAUUAUCUCAAGAAACCACUACAAUGUCAGAAUUCCUGGUCUCAAAACUGGCGAUGAGAAUGAAUCUGACAAGCUCCAACAAGAGAUCAGGACCAUCAUCAUGAACAUGUUGAACAAAAGGAAAGAAGAAGGACAGCUUAGUUCUCCUGCCACUGAUUUCCUUGGAAUGCUUGUCAAGGCUUAUAAUGAUCCAGACAGACAAAGUAGCAUAACAUUGGAUGAUCUGAUUGAUGAAUGCAAGACCUUUUAUGUGGCUGGCCAAGAAACAACAGCAAGCUCACUGACCUGGACUAUGCUAUUGCUAGCUAUUCACUCAGAAUGGCAAGAGAAGGCAAGGGAACAGGUUCUUGAACUCUUUGGCAACAACAGAACUCCAACUCCUGAUGCCAUUUCCAGAUUAACAAUUCUGAGUAUGGUGAUCAACGAGUCCCUGAGGCUAUACCCUUCAGUUUUUCACAUAACGAGGGAAGUCCAGAGGGAAGUGAAAUUGGGGAAGCUAAUACUUCCAAAAGGGACUGAAGUCUACAUCCCAAAUCUGGCAGUUCAUCAUGAUCCAGAAACAUGGGGUGAAGAUGCUCACCUGUUUAAACCAGAGAGAUUUGCUGAAGGCGUAGCUAAGGCCAGUAUUACAAACAACAGCAGCUCAUCUGCCGCAUUUCUUCCAUUUGGGUUGGGGCCUCGAAAUUGUAUUGGGAUCAAUUUUGGCAUCACCGAGAAAAAGAUUGCACUCUCCAUGAUUCUGCAGCGUUACAGGUUUAGGCUCUCGGACAAGUAUGUACACUCACCAGCUCAUGUUUUGACCAUCUGUCCCAAACAUGGCCUCCAAAUCAUCCUUGAGGAACUUUGAGGUGACCAACUUGGGAAGAUGAUUGGGUAGAAAGUUAACCGGUUCAUUUGGAGUCAGAAUCAGUUGCGUUGAAGUUGUCUUGGUCUAGUUACUUCAAUACACCUGUUAGAAACACAGCUGUGUACUUUUUUUUUUAUAUUGUUAAUUUUUGCUUGACAGUAGAUGUGGUAUAUGAAGAUACACCUCU